AUGGACGGCGUUUCGCCACCCGUGAACCCGGAAGAGGAGUAUGAGUUCUCCACGGAGAUCAUCUCCAAGGUCACGAUGCAGCUGCCGCGCGAAAGUCUCUUCUCAGUGGGCGGGAAACCCACGAAGAAGUACGUCAUCACGUGCGGGAUCUUCCGCCAGGACCUCCAGGCCAUUCUCGCGGGCCUCGACGACGGCGGCGUCCUCAUGAUGCACCUCCCCUCUGCCAAGAAGAGCCCGAAAGACAUCGGACAGCACAAGGGUCCGGUGUCGUGCAUUCUGGACCUCAGCUGGGCGGGUGCGCCGCAGCGGUGUUCGGGGCUGAUCGCGACGGGCGCGGCGGACUCGACGGUGAAGAUCUGGGACCCGCGCGUGAAGGCGGCGUCGCAGACCGCGACGUCGCUGCAGUGCGACGUGCAGACGCUCGUCGGGCACGGCGGCACGAUCAUUUCCAUCUCUGGGAUGGCGCACCACCUGCUGACGGGCGCGACGGACCGCACGAUCCGCAUCUGGCGCGCGUCGCCGCACCGGGACAUGACGGUGUAUCCGUGGUUCGAGCAGACCGAGGUGCUGUGCACGAUGGGCGGGUGGGUGAACACCAUGUCGCCGGGCAUCUCAACGCGCCACGCGAACCGCAACUUGUUCUGCGCGGGCGACGGCGGCGCGACGGUGGCGAUCUGGGAGAUGGUGACGCUCCCCGGGGAGGCCGGGGCGCCGGACUUGUACCUGUCGGACCUGGGCGGACACCCCCCCGCCGCCAAGGGCGCCCCGAGCAAGGCGCUGCACCCGGACAUGAUGGGCGACCGCGGCAUCAGCCUCAUCCGCCUCGUUCCGGAGAAGUACCUCAUGAUCGUCCUGAGCUACGACAACACCAUGAAAAUCAUCAGUCUGCAAGGUCUCAUGGUGCAGGACCGCCUGGAGUCCAGAGAGCCGAAGCUGCUGCACACGCUGGCGAAUCCGGAGGCGUGCUCGUUCACCGCGGUGGAGUACGACCCGCUCGACGACCGCGUGCUCGUCGCGGACCGCAAGGGCAACAUGUUUGCCUUUGACAUGCAAGCCGGCAAGAUCCUUCUGCAGAUGAAGCUCAACACGUCGUUCAAGCGCGUGGUCGCUCUGUUCUGGGCGGACCCACCCGUGAAACGCACCACGGAGGGCGAGGGCGAGCAGGGUCUCGGGGACUCCCUUCGCGGCAUCGAGUCGUUCCCACACACGCGCCCAGGGCUCAUCCCGGGCCUCUCGUUCGCCCGCGACGCCGCGCUGAAAGAGGGCAAGGACGACGAGAUCAGCGAGGCGGAGAGCGGGGACGUCGAGGGGUAUACGCAGCUUGUUGCCAUCAUGCCUGACAGGUGUGUGUUCUACCAGGUGGACCGCGGCACGGCGUUCAACAUCGUGCAGGGCGGGCACACGGGCCCCGUCGCGCACCUCACGUGCGGCGACGGCGGCCUGAGCGGCGACGGCCUCGGGCACGCCGUGGGCGCCGCCGACCACCGCCUCAUUUCUUCCUGCCCGAACGACGGCACCAUUCGCCAGUGGGACCCCUUCGACAUGGCGUGCCUGCGCGUGCUGCACGAGCGCGGGCCGGAGGUGACCGCGAUGGUGCUGUUCACGCCGCGCGACCUGCUCGUGACGGGGCACGAGGACGGCACCGUCAAGGCGUGGAAGCUGGACACGGGGAGCUGCCAGAGCGUCAAGGAGCACGGGAACAGCGUCACGGGGCUCGCGAUCGCGCAGGUGUCGUCGAUGGACACGCUGGUGAUCUCCGGGGCGUUUGACGGGACGGUAGCGGUGUGGGACUUCCGGCGGCGCGGCAACGACGCGAUGCAGGCGGACAAGUUCGUCGCGCACCAGGGCGUCGAGAUCCUCGCGGUCGGGUACUGCAAGGCGGCGCAGGCGAUCCUGACGGGGGACGCCAACGGCGUGGUCAAGGUGUGGUUUGUCGGGACGUACGAGCUCAUGGGGACGCACAAGGGGCACAAGGGGGGGGUGUCUUGCAUCACGACGCACGACCAGCACGUGAUCACGGGCGGGCAGGACUGCGACAUCCGCAUCGUGCGGGCGACGCCGCCCGGGUGGGUGCGCGGCAGGACGCUCGCGUUCCACCGCUCCGAGGCGCUGCAGGUGCUGCGCGGCCACACCGAGGAGGUCACCGCGCUCGCGAUGGUCCCGGAAUCCAUCUUCCUCUGCAGCAUCGGCCGCGACGGCCAGGUGUUCGUAUGGUCGACGCAAUCCGGAAAGGUCGUGCGCAACUUCUCGAGGCCCGACCAGCUUCUCUCCCUCGUCAUCCGCUCGGACGUCCGCGAGGCCGUCGUCGGAACGGACCAGGGCACGCUGCUGCGCUUCCCGCUCUCGUCGCUCUCCAUGCAGCCCGAGAUGUCUCUCUCGCGCCGCAGCACGCUCGGCGCGGCGGGGCGCAGCGGCGCGCUCUCCCGCAUGGGCACGGGCGCGACUGCCGCGGGGGCGCCGGCGCAGAGCAACGCGGGCCGCGGGGACGCGGGUAGCGACGACGGGAGCGACCACUGGAUGGCCGCGCUGGCGGAAUACGACGUGAAUGCGCGGAAGACGGACUUCGAGGAGGCGGAGCUGGUCAGGGAGGGCGGCCUGAGCGCGCUCGGGCUGCAGGAGAUCGAGCAGCUGAUGUACGUCGACGAGGUGGCGCGGCAGGACGUGCAGCGUCGGCGGCAGCAGCACGAGAGCGAGGUGCAGCACGACUCGUACAAAGAAGCGCAUCGCAAGGAGAACAAGUGGCGCGACGGGCUGCAAAGGAACCCCGUGGGCACGCGGCCCACGUCGGCCGUCGGCUCGCGCCCGUCCACGGCGCGCCCCGGCAGUCCGCCCAAGCUGCCGAACUGGAGGAGCUGGUCGAAGGACGACCAGGACGACGGAGGCGGCAUGAAACAAGCGUUCGAGAGAUUCGCCUCGAGCCUCAACGUGGACGCGGCGCCGGCGAAGAAGUCGUGA